CGUAGAACCGCGCCCUCCAAAAGUGUUUCCCCAAAUGGUUGGCUGGAUGCGCCCAACAUCAUGGCAUCUUUGUGUUUUAACCCACUACAAUGGUUCGUACUGAUCGGUGCCGUCCUGCAGCUGGCAGCUGGCCAGCAAGGUAGUGGCUUGCUGCGCAGCGGAAACAAUCCCUUCUAUGACGAACCGGAGGACUAUCUACUCCAGCAGCAGCAGCGCACGCCCAACAAUGUUGACGAUAUCUUUCUGCGGACGGGUGAUAUGCGCAGUGCUGAGGAUUACUUCUGCCCUGAGCACUGGACCGCCUUCCGGGGCACCUGUUUACGAGUACACAAAUCCCCGCGGAAAAAUUGGUACGCGGCGCAAAAGAUCUGCCAAGCGUAUCAGGGCGAGCUGCUGAGCGUGGACACGAUAGAGAAGCAUUCGUUCGUGGUAAAGCUGCUCGAUCGGGACGUGAGUAAGCUGGGCCGUUACUACGUCUCGGCGCGGCAGGUUUCACCCAGCAACUGGGUAAACGCAGACAAAAGCCAGCUAAUCGCAAUCGAGGAUGCGAUCAACUACGAGCCGCUCAGCACGGAAGCGAACGACGAGUUUCAGUCGUACUUCGAGGGUGCGAACGUGCGCAACACGAUCGAGCAGGAUGAAGCGGACGAUCCGCGUCGGUUCUACCAGUCCGAACGGUACCGCAACCGAAAUAAUCUGGUGCUCGGGUUUAACAUGCACAAGGAGAAGUGGCAAUUCUAUCCGGUGACCGGUGACGAUCCGUACCUGUUUAUCUGCGAGGCUCGCACACUGUACAGUCAGGAAAAUUGGAACACACUGUUGGAAGAUCGGCGCCAGUUUGAUUACGGACUGGAGCAGACCGAUGUGGAGCGGAUACCGCGAGGUCCUUACUUUAUCCGGCAACCGGUGGACACGACGUACGACACCGGGAAGGCAAGCAUUACGCGCGAUGUGACGCUCAGCUGUCUGGCGGGUGGAUAUCCAACGCCCCGGUACACCUGGUACAAGGAAGAGUACGUAAAGGACAAUCUUACCGUCAUACAGAUUGAUCCGCUGAAGAACGCACGCCAUACGGUGAGCGGUGGGAAUCUCAUCAUACACCGACCGUCACAAAAUUUGGACCAAGGAACGUACCACUGUACCGCCCACAACAGCUAUGGCAAGGUGAUGUCCGAAAGCGUCCAGCUGAACUUUGGCUACAUACUCGAGUUUAAUCUACAACGCGCACCGGAAAAGGGUGAAGAGAACUGGGGCAAAGCGCUGGUGUGCGAGGAACCGCAACACUAUCCGGAUGUCAAGUUUUACUGGUCCCGCAACUACUUCCCGAACUUUGUCUACGAAGAUCAGCGCGUUUUCGUUAGUCACGAUGGCUCACUGUACUUUAGCUCGCUCGAGGUAAUGGAUCGGGCGAACUAUUCCUGCACGGUAAUGAGCACCGUCAGUGACACUGGACGAAAUGGGCCAUUUUUCGAACUAUCAGUAUCUCCCUCUCCCCAUUACCAAGAUCUGAUCUUUGCCAACUCGUUCCCGAAAGCGUUUCCGAAGGUACCGCUAGCCGGGAAGGAUGUACGGCUCGAAUGUAUGACGUACGGAUACCCGGUCGCAUCAUACAAUUGGACGCGAAGAAAUGGGAAUCUACCCCGGAUGUCACGGUUGGAGAAUUACAACCGUGUGCUGCUGAUACAGAACGCAACGGUAAACGACAAUGGGGAGUACCUGUGUACGGCAAGAAAUGGGAAGAAAUCGAUCGUGCAAAGUAUCUUCCUGAACGUUCAGAUGGAACCAAACUUUACGAUACCGUUGCGCGAUCGUACCAAAGACUUUCAGAGUUCGGUAUCGUUCCUGUGCGAAGCGUACGCAAUUCCGGAUGUUAACUACACAUGGUACAAAAAUGGAGAAUUGAUGGAGGAGGAUGGAGGUAGUGCUGGUGGUGGAGGUCGCUUUAAUAGGGACAAGUACACGGUGCAGGACAAUCUGCUGAAGAUCAACUAUCUCGAUCCGGAGGAGGACAAUGGUAUGUACCAGUGCAAGGCAACGAAUCAGCUGAAGGGUGUUUAUUCGUCGGCUCAGCUGCGCGUACUCAGCAUGAAACCAUCGUUCAAAAAGCAUCCACUAGAGUCGGAAAUUUAUAGCAUCGCGAACGGAAACACCACUAUCCGGUGCGAGCCGGAAGCAGCACCAACGCCAAAAAUUGUCUGGAAAAAGGAUGGCAAUGUGAUCGGUAGCGGAGGACAUAGGAAGAUUUAUCCGACCGGGACGCUACACAUCGCGCCAACAUCGCGUGACGAUGAGGGAACGUACACGUGUAUCGCAUCCAAUACACAGGGCAUGGCGGAAUCCAAGGCCCGGCUGAUAGUGUUGCAGGAGUUGCGCUUUAUCGAGCAGUUACCACCAAAACAGAUCAAACAAAUCGGUGAGAUGCUGUUUAUGCGCUGUGACGUAACGUACGAUCAGCUGCUGGAUGUCGCGUUCGUUUGGACACACAACGGUCAACUGCUAACGGGGUACGAUGAUGAGGAUGAGCAGCGGCGCCAUCAGCAACCGACAGGACCGGCCCCAGAUGGUGCCCGCAUCCGUAUCCACUACAAUACGCUCGAGGUGCACAAUCUGACGCUCGUCGAUGGAGGCGAGUACGAGUGCAUUGCCAAAUCGUCCGUUAACCGUAUUGUAUCGCGAGCGACUGUCCUCAUCCAGGGACCACCCGGGGCACCGGGUGCGGUGAAGGUGAUCGAGAUAAAAAAAACGGAAGCACUGCUCGAGUGGACCAAUGGUAACGAUAAUGGACGUCCGAUACUUUACUACAACAUACUGGGACGUACCGAUUGGAACCGCACGUGGACGAACGUGUCGACGCACGUGAUCGCCCAGGAAGCGGACCGUUACAAUGGCCGUCGACAGGCAACGGUCACCGAUUUAACCCCCUGGUGUGGGUACGAGUUUGCGGUCGUAGCCGUAAACGAUCUUGGUCUGGGGACGCCCAGUCUACCUUCGCCACGAUACAGCACCCAGAAGGAUCGGCCCUACAUUGCACCACGAAACGUUGGUGGUGGUGGUGGUAAGAUCGGUGAUUUAACCAUCACCUGGGAUCCGUUGCUGCCGCACGAACAGAACAGCAUCAAUGUACACUACCGAGUGUUUUACCGGCUGCAUGGGCAGCGCGAAUGGGCGACCGAGGAACUGCAGCGCCAGGGCAACGUGGGUAAAGCGAUCAUACACGUGCCGACCGACAAGUAUUUUACACGGUACGAGGUAAAGGUACAGGCAGUAAACGAUCUAGGCGUCGGACCGAUCAGCGAACCGGUGGAGAUUUUCUCGGCGGAGGAUAUGCCACAGGUUGCGCCACAGCAAACGAUCGCACGCAGCUUCAACUCAACCGCACUGAACGUUACGUGGGUGCCCGUUUCCCAGACACGCGAAACUAUUCGUGGCAAGCUGAUUGGACAUCGGCUCAAGUACUGGAAGAAGGAGCACAACGAGGAAGAUUCGGUGUACUAUCUGUCGCGUACCACGCGUCCGUGGGCACUCAUCGUUGGUCUCGAACCGGACACGUACUACUUUGUCAAGGUGAUGGCCUACAAUGCCGCAGGUGAAGGUCCAGAAAGUGAACGUUACCUCGAGCGUACCUAUCGAAAGGCACCGCAGAAGCCACCGUCCUCGGUACAGAUCGCCGGUAUCAAUCCGUCCACCAUUCGGGUCACCUGGCGUUACAUUGCACCGUCCCAGGACGAGGAACCGGUGCAAGGGUACAAGAUACGCAUCUGGGAGAAGGAUCAGGACAUGUCGAGCGCCAACGAUACGGUCGUACUGGUUGGACGGAAGCUGGAGAAGUACAUCGACAAUCUUACGCCAGGGAAAUCGUACAAUCUACGUGUUCUUGCGUACAGUAACGGAGGAGAUGGUCGCAUGUCCAGUCCACCGAUCCAGUUCCAGAUGGGCAUUACCCAAUCACCCCUGAACAGUGCCAACAAUCUGACCGUUUCGAUCGUUACGUUGGUCGCGUUGUUGAGCGCAUUGUUGUGUCUCCCGUAGCCAACCACAGCAUGCGGAUCAUAUUUUUCUUUCCAAAACCCGC